AUGGCAGAGCCACCACCGUCGGCUUUCCACCAGUACGUAGGUCCUCCACCAAAACACCGACCGUCAUCAUCGAGCAGAAAACACUCAUUCCGGCCCGGAGCUCAACAACAUCCCAACAUCCACCGUCUCUUCCCGUGUCAGUACUGUCCACGCAAGUUCUACACCUCCCAAGCUCUCGGCGGUCACCAAAACGCCCACAAACGCGAACGCGCCGCCGCUCGACGCAACCUCGGCGUUGUUGCUCAUGCUCCAUCCGUCAUCGACGACCACGACGACGACGCCACUUUCCUCCGUUCCUCCUACCAGUGUAACUACUACUACCCUAACCCACCUCAAGGAUCCACUAUGACCAUCGGAAUACCGGAUCAACAGACGGCGAUGGUGAUGGGUGGGUACGUCGAUCCGUAUCCGUAUCCGUAUCCGUAUCCGUUUGCGUACCCAUUCGGAUUUUCCGGCGAUAUUGGUGGCGUGGAGGAAGAGGAGCCAGAGCUGGAUCUCUCUCUCCGUCUAUGA